UCUCCCCAAGGACAUGGCUUAUCAUUGGGGGGGGGGGUAUGUAAAUUAAUUGCAAAUCAGCUCUCAGUCGUCGUCGGGUAGUUUCUCUGUGGUCUCCUAACACCGCGCGGUCCGCUUAGUUUCAGUGUUAAUUAGCUUUCCGACAGCGAGCAUUAGAGAUAUCUAACACUUUCAAAGUACCACUCUGCGUCAAGGUCUUCUGUGAAUAAAGCAGGUGAAUGUAGGAGGGUCACAGGUGAUGUUGGUUAGGGUGGGAUGCAAAAUCUCCAAGAGGGACCUCCAGUUCGGGAGAAACCAGUUGGCGACAAAAGGGAUGCAAAGACAGGUGAAAAUGAGAAGAACAAGUGAAAAGAAAGCCAGCGAUUGAAAGAACUGAAAGAGAGGGGGAAAAAAAACAAAACAAAACAAAACAAAAAAACCAAACCACCCAGACUAGUCAGACGAAGAGAAAGAAAAAGUCGAGAGCCCGCGGCGGCUUAGACAGUAAGCCAAGGCGCGCGGAGGGGCGGAGACUGCAGCCCAGAAUCCCUUGCGGCGCCUCCUCCCCAAGCGUCGGUCUCCUAGACAACCCUGGUAAACAAGAUGGCGACCGCCAGGAGCGAUCCCCAGUGGUCGAUGUCGUCUUCUCUCCAGAGCAGUUCACGAACUGGAGCCCAGUGGAUACUGCCGCACUCAGAAAAAGAGCGUCAGUCUUGCUGGUCUUCUUUUCCCAUGGGGCAGCGGCCGAAAGGUACUUUCCACAAAGCCUCCUCCUACCUGCUCCAGCAGCUCAUUCACCGCUCUCAGGAGUCGGACGCGGACGGAGAGGAAUACGAGGGCGAGGGAGAAGUGGAAUCCGAGGAGUCCUCAGAGUCCGAGAUGCUGAAUUUGGAGGAGGAAUUUGAUGGAGUCCUGAGAGAGGAGGUCGUGGCCAACGCCCUUCACCAGUUGGGGCGCUCAGGCUCUGGGACUGAGCAGGUCUAUCUCAAUCUAGCUUUAUCAGGUUGUGAUUUAAUUGACAUUAGCAUUCUCUGUGAAUACGUUCACCUACAGAAGUUGGAUCUUUCAGUAAAUAAAAUCGAAGAUCUGUCUUGUGUGAGUUAUAUGCCUUACCUUCUAGAACUUAAUGCUUCUCACAAUAAACUGACGACAUUCUUCAAUUUCAAGCCGCCCAAAAAUCUCAAGAAGGUGGAUUUUUCCUACAAUCAAAUUUCUGAAAUGGGUGAUUUGUCGGCAUACCAGGCUCUCACUAAACUCAUUUUGGACAGCAACGAGAUAGAGGAGAUCGGAGGCCUAGAGCUGUGUAGUGCCCUAACACACCUGAGUCUGGCCAAGAACAAGAUCACGUCAAUUAACGGCUUAGGCAUGCUGCCAAUCAAAAUCCUUUGUCUGAGCAAUAACCAGAUUGAGAAGAUCACGGGUUUGGAGGACCUAAAAGCCUUGCAGAUCGUGGAUCUGUCCCAUAAUCAGAUCAGCAGCCUCCAGGGCUUAGAGAACCAUGACUUCCUGGAAGUGAUCAACCUGGAGGAUAAUAAGAUUGCUGAGCUGGGUGAAAUAGAAUACAUUGAAAAUCUACCUCUCCUCCGGGUUCUCAAUCUUCUAACAAAUCCAAUUCAGGAAAAAUCUGAGUAUUGGUUCUUCGUGAUUUUUAUGCUCCUACGAUUAACAGAAUUAGAUCAGAAGAAAAUUAAAGUGGAAGAAAAGGUUACGGCCGUGAAUAAAUACGACCCUCCCCCAGAAGUGGUUGCAGCCCAGGAUCACCUGACCCAUGUCGUCAACAGCAUGAUGCAGCCACAGAGGAUCUUUGACAGCACUCUUCCCCGCCUGGACGCCCCAUACCCCAUGCUGGUGCUAGCCGGACCUGAAGCCUGCGGGAAGCGAGAGCUCGCCCACCGCCUCUGCAGACAGUACAGCACGUACUUCAGAUACGGGGCCUGCCACACCACAAGACCACCUUACUUUGGAGAAGGGGAUCGAGUCGAUUAUCAUUUCAUCUCUCAGGAAGUGUUUGACGAAAUGCUAAGCAUGGGGAAAUUCAUUCUAACAUUUAAUUAUGGUAAUCACAGUUAUGGAUUAAACAGGGACACCAUAGAAGGUAUCGCAAGAGACGGCUUAGCAAGCUGUAUUCACAUGGAAAUAGAAGGUGUAAGAAGUUUGAAAUUUUCUUAUUUUGAGCCUCGAUAUAUCCUGGUGGUGCCCAUGAACAAAGAAAAAUAUGAGGGAUAUUUGCGGAGAAAAGGAUUAUUCAGUCGUGUAGAGAUUGAAUUUGCUGUCUCCAGAGUGGACCUUUAUGUUGAAACCAAUCAGAAAUUUCCAGGAUAUUUUGACGCAAUCAUCAAUGCAGAUGAUCUGGAGGUUGCCUACCGAAAGCUGAGUCAUCUCAUCAGAGAAUACCUCGGAUUGUCUGAGGAAACAUCCAGGAAUUUGGCUCCAGCUGCAGCAGGAGCUCCCUCUAGCAAGAAGACCCCCUCUGGGGUGCCAGCACACCUGGUCCCAUCCCCAAGGCGUUUGGCGAAACUGCAAGCAGAUGGCCAGAUAACAGAGCAUCUCUCUGGAAUACAGAUUCAUGCACCGGUCCCCGAACAUCAGAACCUAGCCCCCUCCCAGAACCAAGAGCUGACUCAGGAGGGAGCAACCCAUCAAGAAGAACUUUCUCCCAGUAGCCCUGCCAGUGCUGAGCCUCCUCCACAGCCCAGCUCAUCAGCACUCGGGAUUUCCCAGCAGGCCCAAGACUUAUCCCCAAACCAGAAGGAAGGGGACGUUCAACUAUCAGAUCUUUCUUCAAAAAUAAUGACAACAGACCUCCCUGAAAGUGAGCCCCAGACAUCUGAGGCGAAAGCAGGUAAAAUAGGGCAGCCUUCCACCGUUCCUUCCCAAGGGCCUUCUCAGCACUCUGACCCACCUCCAGCUCACAGCCCUCAGCCAGACCAGGAUGAGGAAUCAGGGGAGGCCAAGGUGACCUCCGCUGGCCCUCCCCCAUCUGAGGCUCCACAGGAGUCUGGCCCAACAUCCCUCAGCCCCCAGAGAACCCAAGAUGAGGAAACUGAGUCAGCUGAUCUGCCACCCAACAGUACCCACUUGGAGCCUCCAAGAGACCCUUCCCGCCCUAACGGGGCCAAAACACCAGGACCAUCUCCAGAAGAUUCUCAACAACCUCUAGAGGAGGGAACCCCCAAAGCAGAAUUUGUUCGGGUUAGCACUCCUUACCCAGAAUUGCCACAUCCUCGGGAUUCAACAGAUCUCAAGCAGACCCAGGACAGGAAAGACCCAAUGACUUUGCUUCCCAGAAGUCGCCUGGCUCCCACCAGGCUGCCCCAGCCUCAAGUCCUCGCUCCACUCCAGAGUCGGAGGCCCACGCCCAAACUCCUCUCACCCAGCAAGGAGGAAGCUUUAGGAACAGCCUCAGAUCAAACUGUGACUCCCUCCCCCAGACCUCCACUAGCUCAGGAAGGAGACCCCAGUAAACUUCCUCCCAUCAGCCCUCCCCAUUCCAAACCACCACAAAAUCUGAGCCCCCAUCUGGACCACAGUCCUCAGGAAGUCCAGGAAGAAAAGGUCAGGGAAGUGAAACUCCCUCUUAUCAGUCCCCCCAUCCAGGAGCCCACGCCACAGCCCGCCCCUGAUCUGCCCCAGGAAGAGGAGGCUCAGGUGGUUAAGCUCCCACAAAUUCCCACUCCCUUCUCUGAACAGCAGCUGCCUCAGAAUACAGGGCCUCGCCAUGAUGCAAGGCCUGCAAAGGAAAGGCAAGCUCCAAAAGCAGGCCACUCCUCCAGCAAGAUUUCAGAUAUGCGGGCCUUACCCCAAAACCAAGAGCCAGUGCAGCAGACAGGAGCUAGGAAAAAAAAACUCCCUAUCCAAAGAGAGACAACUAAAGGACCAGGGCAUCUGAAAAAGGCACAGCCUAGAAGCCAUCAGACAGCCUUGCAGCCAGAAUCCCAGAGUAAGCUGACUCCCCCAAAGGUACCCGACCACCCUAACCCCAGCCCGCCUCAGAGUCCUCAGGGGAACCAGAGAAAAGUCCACGCACCAGAAAUUCUAGAGCCGCCCCACACUGAACCAUUGCCUAAGGAUCCCCAGUUACAAGAAGGGAAACAGGAAAAGGUACAGUCUUCCAGAAAAAAGGCCCGUGCCAACCAUCCCCCAGAUGACCUGGUUCAGAAGGUAGCUGUGUCCAAAAAAGGACCAUCCUUAAAAAGAGAGGAUUCUGGAGGAUUGUCUCAAGAAAAUAAAGCUACCCUCGGUGGCGAUCAACCAACUCAGGAGGGUCAGCCCCUGCACGGGGGACCUCCCCAGAGCGAGGUGUCCUCUGCGGAGUCAAGACCAGAUGAUUCUGCUCCUAGGGAGCCUCUGAGGAGAAGAGAAGAGGCUCAUAAAAGGGGAAGAUUUCAGAAGAGAGAGACUGCUUUGGAUUCCCCAGAGCAGGUCUCCACCCAGCAGCCUGUCAGAGAGACCCAAGCCCAGAAGGGGACCAGUCAGAGCAGAGAGAGCUCUGUCCAAAGGGACAGUGCUUCCAGGCAGCAAGCCAGAGACAAACACAACCGGAACCACGGGGGAGCACCAAAGGCCAAAAGCUCUGCCGCACCCCAGAAUCAGGUGUCUGCUGAGGCGCGGGGCAGAUGGAAAGGAAGACUGCGAGCUAGGGGCAGUCAGAGCACCAAGGUUUAAGGCCCCCUGGAGUACCGGGUCUUUAACGUCUGUGCCCCUUGGAGGCAGUGCUGUCACAGAAAGGAAAGCGAUGGCCAGGGCCCUAUGAGUCUAUAUACCAGCUUCCUUCUGCUACCCCACGUAAGCAUGGGGGGGGGCACCAGCCAUUGGGUUCUUAGAAGGCAGCUAGUCUGUGCACAUUCUUGUGGUUUGCCAUUGUAGCCUGGAGGAGCAGCCCCUCGAGUGGGAGACAUCAGCAAGCAGAGCUCCCGCUGCCAGCUCUAGAGCUGGUCUGAAAGAUUGGUGUCAGCAGGGAUCUUCUGUGUCUCGACUUGUAUGUAUUUUGUAUGCGUUCGAAAUCUGGCUGAAGCACUGUCACAUUGCCAUUGUUUUUGUUGAAUUCAUUAGGAAAACUCACUUCUAGAUGAGAAAAUUCUCGCACGCCUCUCGCCUUAUUGAGGGAUCCAGAAGGAGAACUCUGAGAAAGGAAGCCUUUGCAGUUUCUGGGUCUUGGUCACUCCCACAAAGGUUCCAGACCCACAGUUAAUUUAUGGGAGUCUUUUGAAGGGCAGAGGAUAAGUUCCUUGCAAACGUGACGCUGUGAUUGAUGGGUGCUUGGGAUUUGCGUUGGCCUGUAUGACCUGAAACUUACUUUUGCUCAAAAUGUAUUUCAAAGUGAAUACCUUCCUUCUCUCUCUGAAUAGGGACCUAAUGUAAAUUAGCCCAUGCCUUCAUUAUGCCAAACCACCUGGCUGAACGAGUGAAAAGGGUUAGUGGGGAGAAGAUUGAGGGGAAUCAGUUUUCCUUUAUCGAUUCACGCCAUCAGGAUUUCCUUUGCUGACAAGUUACCGGGGUCCAACCUGAGCCAGCUUCCGGGAAUCUACAAGAAGGGAGUGGGCUAUUUCCCACGACCAAACUGUGGGGAGGGCAAAGGUGCAGCAGAGCCUCAGACAGGGGACCAGUUAUUGAACAUAACCCAGACUCUCAUCAUCCCCACUAUCUUCUGUCAUCAACUGGACUCUGGUCAUUUCUCUGUUUCUUUCUCGGUGGUGGCUCUUUCUCUUUGAUUCAGAGGGACUACAUAGAAGUUUCUGCACAAGGCAGGGAACAUGGCCACCAAUACCUCUCAAGUCUUAACAUCUGGUUUUACAUCUGGCAGCUGCCACUACUAGAAAGGGAUUAAUUUAUAUGUACCUUAAUCCUAAAAUAAAAAUUGGGGGAGGGGCGCCUG